AUGACCGCCACAGACAAAGAUCACUACGACGACACCUUAGGCGUAGACAAAACAACAGAAGCAAACCCGACAACCAGCGCCCAAAGUCCAUACCAACCCAAACAAAAGACCCGCACAAUAAUAGCCACGCACAUACCAAAAACCCUCAGCACGCCGGAUUCGAACAGGAGACACAAAACCAGCCUAGCGCCCCUGCAAGAAAUCCAAGAACCAAAAGGCGAAAAAAGAAGGAAACGCACAAGCGCGAGCAUAAGAACCCGAUCCGCAGACCACGACAAUACCAACCGAGGCCAACACAUAAGUCACUAUCAACACCGACCACUAAGACGAACCGAAAUGAAAAGAACCCAAAACAACGCAACACAUAAACAGCAGCCGACGCUCACAACACAACAAACUUUGCAGAGAAAGCAGAAACGAGACAAAAAGAGACACACACACCAGAAAGAUGACACCUCACGACACGAGGAAGCACCAACCAGGAAAGAAGGAACAGGAGAGCAAAGAAGGACGACUAUGCCCGCAAAACGAGACAUACGCGACAGCGAGACCUUCAACAAAAGAUAG